CGUCUUCCCGCCAACACACAUAUUACAUAUUACUUCGCGAUCCUGUUCGUUCAGGUGACUGGCGUACGUUGCAAACGUUAGAAACUGUGAUGAUGUUGCCUGAGUAGAUAGUGUCCGUAGCCGCGUCUUCAUGUCACCCAACAGCCGAUAGAAUUUUUUCCCGUGGAAUCUGCUCCCGAGGAUGUGAAUCGUGUGCAAUCGGUUGCAUCGCUCCAGUAUCCGCGUCAAAUAGCUCGACCGGAGAUAAAGUUUUCCCGUCGAACCAGUGCAAUCGACGAUACGAAGUUUCUCUAGUUUUUGAUUGCUGCGAGACAACUGUCUCAGGAUAUCAUCGCAGUCUGAUCGUGUCUCAAUACUGAUUCGCGCCAGCAGAGGCAUUCGUUUUAAUUGUGCGAUUAUUAUAUAGAAAAUGCUAGCGCAAAUGAAGGUUGACCCGGUACUAAGAUUGGAGGGAAAGCGAGCGAAGGAGCUGAUGUCAUCUUCGAGUCUUUCCGGGAUGUCACAAAUGUCAAACAGCAGUGAGGAAGCGAUGGAGCCCUUUAUCCACGAGACGUCCCACAACAACAAGUCGGACACCAGUGAAAGUACGCCUAAAGAGAACAGUGCGAGAGGUAAUGAAUGGCUAAUUAAUGGACCAGCUGGUAGUAAAUCGCCUAUACUACGAUUCAAGUGUUCUGCAUUGGCGACUCCUCCAGAAGAUCCACCUGCUAAGCAAUUACACAUGACUUAUAAAAUUCUCCAAGCAGAUACGAAACUAAUAAGUCUGCUGCUUCAAUCGCAUGGUCUGACGGAAGUAUCCGUCAAUGAUACAGACUUCAAUCUCUUGUGGAUGGGCAAUCAUCCGAAGCCGGACGUAUUGAGAAACUUGGCGCCAUUCCAGAAGGUUAAUCACUUCCCGAGGUCUUAUGAAAUAACUCGGAAAGAUCGGCUGUACAAGAAUAUCGAAGCGAUGCAGAGAAGCAAGGGCUUGAGGAAUCUCGAUUUUAUCCCUCAAACAUUUCUCCUGCCCAGCGAGUACAGAGAGUUAUUAACAGCGCACUUUAGAUACCGUGGACCGUGGAUUGUUAAACCUAAAGCCAGUUCUCGGGGUCGUGGCAUAUACAUAGUAAAUAGCCCGGAAAAAAUAUUUACGGAAGAAUCAGUAAUUGUGGCGCAGUACAUAAACAAUCCACUUUUAGUCGACGGGCAUAAAUGUGAUUUACGUUUGUACAUUGCAGUAACAAAUUACGAUCCGUUAUUAAUUUAUUUGUAUGAGGAAGGACUAGUUAGAUUUGCAACUGUUAAAUACGAGGGAGGAAAUCAGUAUGUCUGGAAUCCGUGUAUGCAUUUAUGCAAUUACAGUAUAAAUAAAUUUCACGUUGAUUAUAUAAAAAGCGAAGAUCCUGAUGCUGAAGAUGUCGGUCAUAAGUGGACACUGUCAGCGUUGUUGAGACACCUGAGAUCGAUGGGACAAGAUACUGAAUUACUUAUGCAACGUAUCGAGGAUAUAAUCAUUAAAUCGAUUUUAGCUACAGCCUCGGGUAUUGUCAGCGGUAUAAAACAAUUUGUUAAGCAUCCAGAUACAUGCUUCGAAUUGUUUGGGUUUGACAUAUUAAUUGACGACACACUCAAGCCCUGGCUUCUCGAAGUUAAUUUGACGCCAUCACUAGGCUGUGAUUCUCCGCUAGAUGUUAGGCUUAAAUCAGCGCUAAUGGCUGAUCUGUUAACGCUCGUUGGUAUUCCAGCAGUCGAUCCUAUUUUACGUCCGCAAAAUACGCAACAGAAUCGAUCACUUGGCAACGCUACCAAGCGAUUAGCUAGUUACAGGCGAGUGCAUUCUGCAGAGACAUUGGCGCAAAAAAAGAAAACUAACAAGCCGUCAAAUCGCUCAAAUCUCACGUCAGAGCAAUUGAGAAUUGUCGCAUCUGCAAAAGCACAAUUUGAACGAAGAGGGGGAUUUGUGCAUCCAACUACUGGGAUUCCCGUGGUAUCAGAUCCUCUAGGGCCCAGCAGAGUGCCUCAGCAGGUCAAUACAAAUCACAAUCUCAUGCUUCAUGAACAAUUAUUUCCAGCUGCUAGUCGUACAUCCGGCUUCUCUGUGCCAGAAGUAACAUUAGAUCGGCUAUCGAGGUAUGAAAGAUAUGAGCGGGCAUUAGUCAAAGGACAUAAACAAAGCUUAGAUCGCGGCGAUAGCAAGGAAAAUAUCGACGUUGACACGCAGAAGUACAAGGAUCAAGUUACCCAGAUGAUGCAAGAGGGUAAUAAGCUUAGUCCCGGUGAGGCACGAAAGGCCUUCGGCUUGUAUUUAGGAUGUAUUCUUCGCAAAAUUUCGCAAGCGAGUGCAGACUCAGUAAGCUGUGACCUUGUGAUGAAGUUCCUGCAGCAAUCGUCAAGCAAUUUACGCACACCUUUUGUAUUUACUUUACCAAGCAAUAAAUUGAGUGACAAAGAUCGUGCCGCAAUAACAGCUAAGCAGUUGUCAGAUUUUCUACAUCUUUAUAAUCGGGAAACAGAUUUAUACGCUGAUACCGUUGAUCGACCACGUACUGUACCUAACCGAUUAUUUCAAAAAUUUCUCGCCACAGCUAGGGAAGAAGAUCUUGAUGACGUGUUGAUACUUCAAACACGCCUCUACAAUUGUGCCCACAGUUUUCUUGGUCGUAGUGGCUUUGCGGGUAAUUUACGAGGAAACAACCUUUUAGGAUCACUACCACAGAUUACAUCAAGAGUGCACUCUAAUGCCGCGUCGUUUGAGCAAUGCAAGUGCACUCAACCUAAUAGACCAAGCAAAGCUCCAAGAACGUGA